AUGUACAUCGGUUUUGAUAAUAAUGAUUUCUAUGGAGUUUUGAACUGUGGAGUUGAUGUCAACAAGAAUAUUGAAGUCUGUACUAAAGCUGGUUCUGCAUAUGUUGCCUUGAUUAGAAAUCAAGCUGUUCUCCAAUCAACUGCUAGAAAGACCUUUGCUUUGACUGCUGAUGGAGUCAUGUCUGAAACUGCUUUAGAUAUUACCUCUGCAACCACUGAAUAUGCAACAACUGGUAGAGCAUGGUAUACCAAUGGCAAUGGUUUCUCUGAUUACUAUCUCUUUGCUGCUCAAGGUGUCUAUGGAAGAACUUAUUCAUUGAGUUUCAUGGGUGGUGUUGCUGGUUCUGAUACUUUGAAUGAACCAUGUAAGAGAGUUUCAUGUGAUAAUAUCAUUACCCCUUCUACUUCUGUAAAGGUUGUUAAUGGUGUUAAUUCAUUGAAAUCAACUUUAAUUGUUGCUUUGAUUUUGGCCAUUAUUGUUUUGCUUUUUUAA